AUGGAUAACGCAAUCAAAGAUAAUACCAUCGAAUCUACUGUUUGUAAAAAUUCAUUUAUAAACUCCGUAUUGCUAGAUGAUGAAUUAUCAAGUACUAUAAUUCAAGGUUUUGAUUCUAUGGCAUGUGAAAUACGUGAAAUCUUUAAUAAUUAUUUAAAUAAAAUUCGCAGAAAAAUUAUUAAUGAGUUUGAAAUUCUAGAAAAUGAAAAAUCAUCUUUCGAUCAGGAAAAGAAGCGGAUAAUUAGAGAAAUGGAAUGUAAUAGAAAAACUGAAAUUGAGAAGAUACAAAAACUACGUAAUUUAUUAGAAGAAGAAACUGAAUUAACAAAGAAAUUAAUUAUAAAAGAAAAAAAUGACAAUGCCAAGAAAUUAUUGAUUCAAAAAGAAUUAUUUUACAAAAAACAACAAGAAUUAACCAAUUACUGGCAAAUGAUUGAGAAUAAAUUGAACCAAGAAAAAUCAGAAAUAGAGAGGAUUAAAGAUCAAAUAACCGAAGUAAAUUUUUCAGCAAGAUCAACUGUUGAAAUUAAUGUUGGUGGAACCAUAUUUGAGGUUUCAAAGAGUAUAUUAACUGAAGGAAAGGCGAAGGGAAGUUUGCUAGAUAGAAUUUUUUCAGGUAAAACAUUUGAUAUUGAAAUUCAAACAGAUAAAAGUGGUAAUGUUUUUUUUGACAGGGAUCCGGAAAUUUUUAAAAUAAUAAUAAAUUAUCUCAGGGAUAAUACCAAGUGUCUUCCAUCUCCUUCCACGGCCCAAAUGAGUCUUGACAUUUUAAAAGAAAUGAAUUACUUUGGGAUUAAACUUUAUGAUAACUCUUUGAUUUAUGUUUUUGGAGGCUGCAAUGGUGAAAAGAUACUUGAUACUUCUGAGUUGUUUAUAACUCCUAUUUAUUUAGAAGAAGGUUUUUCAGAAGAAAUAAAAAAAAACAUUGGUUGGAGCAAAGUAAAAACUAUGUUGACGCCCAGAGCUCAUGGAUCAAGUACUAAUCUUGAUAAAACUAACUGUGCUUUGUUUGGAGGGUACAACAAUACUAACAAGGCAUUAGACAGUCUCGAGAUAUACGACCCUCUUACAGAUUCAUGGAGAGGAGGGCCUUCAAUGCUAAUUGGGAGACGGAAUUUGGCAUCUACAACUUUUGAGGACGGAAGAAUAUUUGCAAUCGGCGGAUUUGAUGGAGAAAACAUCAUUUCAGCCACCGAAUUCUAUGAUUCUAGAACAAAAUAUUGGUCGGUUUGUUCACAGUUAAAUAUUCCUAGAUCGUCCGCAUCGUGUGUUAAACUUGACCAAUUUAGUAUUGCAAUAAUUGGCGGAACUUGUGGAGAUAAGAGAUUAAAGUCUAUUGAAGUUUUUGAUGUCAGAAGAAAUCAAUGGGAAUUGAUUCAAUCAAAAGAACUCUUAGAAGUCAGAUCUGGAUCCAUUGCCUAUUCAUUAUAUGGUAGGGUGUGUAUCUGGGGCGGAAUUGAUGAAAAAAAUAACGUUUUACAUUCAGGAGAACUUUUUAAUAUUUCGCCUUCUUCGAACGAAAAUACUUCAACAUAUAUAAAACCACUGAUUAAAGGAGUUAUUGAUGCAAAAAUUCAGCCGGUUUCAAUAGGAAAAUAUUCUGCCAUUAUUUGUGGUGGCCAGACAGUGGAAGAAACUGUAAAAACUACACAAUUAUACAGCUUUCAAGAUGACAGAUGGGAGCAGGGCCCAGAUCUCAUCUUUCCAAGAUAUGGGCAUGCAAUUACAAAGUUAGAUAUUUGA